AGCAGCCCAUCCCCAAACACAUCCUUUAUCCCGAAGAAAAAUGCGGAAUACCCUAGCAUUUUCAGCCAUUGCUGCCCUGCUUCUGGUUUCUGUGGCGGCACAGGAGUGUAACGAGUGUCAGAGCAGCAACGAUGCCCUAUGUUUGAGCACAACCGAAUACAAAAAUUGCAUGAAUAAUGUUGCAAUUGGCGAUACUGCGACAUGUCCCACCGGCACCGUUUGCAGCAACACUGCGGAAGUCUGCGUGAAGAGUGAGUCUGUGGAUGGUGUUAAUAUUCUGGACGUGUGUGGCGGCUCAAGCGGUGGAUCCAGUGAAGGAAACGGUGAAAACUGUGGUGUCUGCAUUGGCAGCGGCAAGUUCGCUUGCGUCAGCAAGACCCAGUAUGCCCGAUGUGUUGACCAAAAGGUAUCCACAACACCGUACCCAUGCGGUACGGAUGAGACCUGUAUCACAGAGGCCCUCGGCACUUAUGGAACCCUCUGUGUGCCCAACUGUGCCCUCACUUUUAUUGGUUUGAGUGCAUCAACUAGUACUUGCAGCAACGCCGAUUAUACGCCGCCGACCGUACCCUCUGUUCCUACACAAACUGAGUUGGAGGCAGCCUGCGCACUUUCUGUGAAAACAACUACAUUCUUCGACAUAGAUAAUACUGCCGACACGACAUGCAGUAGUUAUAUUUACUGCGAGAAACUUACAGAGUCCACAUGGCUUGCCAUCUUAUACAGUUGCAAGUCCCCUACUCCAUACUACAGCGUGGACGCCAAUAAGUGCACCGCCACCAAGCCGACCAGGUGUACUACACAGGCCCAGACUUAGUAUAGAAACUAUUCCUGUGCAGUCCUACCUGCCAGCUCCCCCCUCUAAAAGAUGUCCACAGGAUCAACAUAUCUUGCUUAUUUUAUAUAUUUUACUGUACAAUCUCCUACAACUUUUAUAGCUCUGCUAAACGAACUAUGAACUCUAUACAAUUGUGUAUGUUCCCGAACGAUACGAAAUAAAUACAAGAAAAAAGUAAUGCA